GACGUCCACAGAGGGCUGCUCUUUCAUUUAGGGAAGAGCCACCUGCUAUUCUUAUAACUCAGCUUUGUCGCGCGGCAUUUCAGGGAUAGAUUCAUGACCUCCAUCCACAUCCCUUCUUCUGCCUCCACAAUGGCUCUUCUUGCAGUUUGAAGCAGAACCAGUAGAUUUAGGUAGUCGCGAGCACUUCAGCACCAGUCAUGAGCUCCACYCUGGUUAACUCUUUAGCCAAAGUGUAUGAUCCCAAUCCUCUUCACGGUCAGAAACUUUCUGCGAGGAAGUUCUCCCUGAAUGGAUCAGACCGGUUCCAAGCUUCAUCCUCCUCCUUUGCUCACCAUGACGCAACUCUACGCUGCAUGGAGAGCAGGAUCGACUCCCUCAGCUCCCAGAUGGAGCACCUGCUCCUCAUGCAGCAGACCGUCCUGACCCGGCUGGAUGGCCUGUCCCAGGAUGUGAGAGGCAUGGGUCGGGAUGUGGCCUCGUCCCACGAAGGGAGACGUGGCUCGGGGAUCGAGGCGGUUUGCAGGGAGCUGCGAGGGGCUGUGGAGCGCAUAGAGAGUCAGGGCCGGCGGCUGGAAGGGGUGGAGAAGCUGGUGGAGGGAACUCAGCAGGUGAUCUGCUUCAUUGGGGAGGUGGUAAAGRGCUCCAAGCUGGURGAGCUUUUAUUCAAGCAGCCUGGAAACAAAACCAGCAGGAAGGCAAAAGAUGACAAGGACAAAGCUAAGCAGAAUGUGAAGGGUGGGAAAGCCCAGAAGAAAAGGAAACCUCAGGAUUCAUCAGAUGCUUCCACUCUGAGUGAGUCAGCCCUGAAAGAACAAGUUGAAAAGCUCAACAGGGAGAACACUGAUCAUUCCCAUGUCAACACAGAAGCCAACUUCCAGAGUCAGGAAGAUCCAGGAAGCGGGGGGAAAAGAAAAGAGGAGCCAACAAAGCGGAUUCUUAGUCGGUCACACGCUCCUUCAAGCCAAACUGUGGACGAAAGCAAGGAAAACCAGAAUGAGGACGAUGAGGGGGAUGUAUUUGACGAGACAGAUGCAGAGGAAGAGGAGCAACAGACAGAGGAUAACAAUGAAGAAAAAGGCAGGAAAUUGGCGGAUGAUAUAAAGAAAAGACUUAAAGGAGAAACAGAGGAAUCAUCAGAAGAUAUUAUCUCAGACAUGAGCAAGACGUCCCAGGAAAGCUCUGAAGACAUUGGAGAUGGAGCCACAGCAGGCAAACGUCGUGUCACAGAAGAGGACCUGGUUAAAGAAGACCUGAAGAAGAGCCGAGUAGAGAACAGCUCAGUGGAAAAUGCUGAGAGCCACGCAGUGGAGGGCUCAAAGUCUGACGAAGCAAAGGCAGAAGCUAAAGAAGGUGGAGACUCUACCGUACAGGAUUUUAUCCUUGAUGCAGGCCCUCCUCCAACCGCUCCUUUCGAUCACCGCAUUGUGACGCCCAAGCCCCAUCAGAUAGCCACCUAUUACACUAUAAACAGGGAUGAAGUUCUGGGCGGGGGACGUUUUGGACAAGUCUACAAGUGCAUGGAGAAUUCAUCUGGACUGACACUUGCUGCCAAAAUCAUCAAAGCAAAGAGCCAGAAAGAGAAGGAGGUGGUAAGGAACGAGAUCCAGGUGAUGAACCAGCUGAACCAUGCCAACCUGAUUCAACUCUACGCUGCUUUUGAGUCGCGGAAUGACAUCAUCCUGGUCAUGGAGUAUGUGGAAGGAGGAGAGCUGUUUGAUCGCAUCAUCGAUGAGAACUACAACCUAACCGAGUUAGACACCGUGCUGUUCAUCCGUCAGAUCUGUGAAGGGCUGCAGUACAUGCACAAAAAUUAUAUCCUGCAUCUUGACCUCAAGCCAGAAAACAUUCUUUGCGUCAGCAGAGCUACAAACAAGAUCAAAAUUAUUGACUUUGGCCUGGCAAGGAGGUAUAAACCCAGGGAGAAGUUAAGGGUCAAUUUUGGAACUCCUGAAUUCCUCGCUCCUGAAGUCAUCAAUUAUGAGUUUGUUUCAUUCCCAACGGACAUGUGGAGUCUUGGAGUGAUCACAUACAUGCUGCUCAGUGGCUUGUCUCCGUUUCUGGGGGACGACGACAAUGAGACACUCAACAACAUUCUGGCCUGCCAGUGGAACUUUGAGGAGGAGGAGUUUGGAGACAUUUCCGAAGAGGCCAAAGAUUUUAUCACCCGUCUGCUGGUGAAAAGCAAGAGCUGGAGGAUGAGCGCGACAGAGUCCCUCAGACAUGCCUGGCUGUCCGACCGAAAUCUGCACUAUCGACUACAUCAGAAGAAAAACAAGUGCCACUCCUCACAUGCUCCACCCCCAGAGAGCUAAACAGUUUCGCUUUCAGAAACAACCAGGCCCUUGGUUUGCCUCGUGACACUGUAUGACCCUGGGGCCCAUCACUGGACCAAUACUGCUGCACCUGAAUUGCCACUAGAUUAUUACUCUCUGCCUCACAUCUUUACCUUUGCGUAGCUGCACACUAUUUAGGUCUGAACUUUUAAAGCUGCCCGUACUGUAUACUUGCAUAGUUAUUCAAAGAACUUUGCCUAAACUAGAGAGGAUUUUUUUCUUAUUACUUAUUUUUUCUUAUUACUGCCAAAGUAAAACCCUGCAGGAUGUGUCACUUUGAUACCUACCAUGUGUCAAUGAAAAACUGUUCUUUUAGCACAUUUUAACAGGUACAUUGCUUUUCUGUUUUUGCAAGUUUGGCGUGCUUUGCACACUUUUUCUCCCUUGUUCAUCCAAGAGUUACCAAACAAAUUUGAAAAAGUUAUUUUCUUUUUACAAAUCCAUGUGUUUCUUUAUCUUAUUUUAUAAGUAGUAUAAUAAUGUUAUUUCUCUUCAAGACAAUUUGAAAUCUAACUCUGCCAAUUUAUGUUGUGUAUAUAUUGUGGUAUUACAUAAAAGUCUCCUUUAAAAAUGAGAAAAUCUCAGCUUCAAUGCCCCAUUUAUAUCACUGUUGGUGUUUUUCACUGUAGACUGCCUUGACCUCAGUGUGCAUUCAUCCCACCUGCUUGUUUGGCUUUGGCAGUUUGGAGUACCCAGCUCACCUUCCAUGAAGGCAAAAUGAAAUACAUGUUACUACCUAAGACUUAUACUUGUUUAUGACUGAAGUGAAAUCUUAUGUUCAUUUAUUUACUGGUUCAGCGCCAGAUUGUACUUGAAGUGCAAAUUUUUUCUUCAAUAUGUGAUGUUUUUAUUUCAGAGGACACAAACGUGGUUUCACGUAGUCAUGCACAUACAUUUAAAGUAUAAUGCACAGCUUAGUGUGGCGGAGAAGCAAGACACUGAGUUGUUGGAUGAUUUAUUUUGAAUUUAAAAACUUUGUGUUUUGAAUAUGUGUUUAUUUGAAUUUAUGAUACCUUUUUCAAGACUUCUUGUGAAAUGUUGAGAUUUAAAUGCAGUAAAUGUAGGAAAUAAAUGAUACACACAAAAAACAGA